AAGACAAAAAAUGGCAGUUCUCAUAUUGACUUCUCAAUCCCUCCUUUCUGUAUAUGGGGCAAGAAAAGGAGGGUAAUGAGAGAAAAGUCAAGUAGUUUCAGUUUUGGUGGAGCUGGAGAACAGCUCGUAAAUUCUCUCUUUGAAACAACGCGCAGUUUUUAGGGAAGGAUAGACUUCCGCCCCACCCCACACGACCGCCCCACCCCAUUAAGCGCACCCGCCAUCCACCAAGAGCCCAAGACUGCUAAAAGCCAUGGUCUCUGCAUUUGAGUGGGUUGCCAAGAACGUAGUCCAAGAGCUGAGCAAAGAUGGGGAGCUGGUCCCUGUGGACAGCCUCAACAGCUCCACCCGCUUUACUCCCUACUGCCUGGUCCGGAAGAAGACCAGGAGCUCCUUGUUUUGGAGGUCACAGUAUGUUUGCCUCAAUUUGACUCUCAAGGACAUUCUGGAUCCCAGCUCCCCAGAACCAGAAGUGACCCAGCUUGAACCAUUCCACUUUAAUGACGAGGUGGAUGGGCAUUCUUCCAGUGUGGAGAUGACUGCCUCUGUGCCAGGGAAGAAUUCAGGACAGAUGUCAGAGUCAAACCCAACCGUCCUUGAGGUCAAGAUUCUCACUGUGUCCCCUAACACUUGGGACUGCUUACAAAAGGAAAGGAAACUGAAAACCCCAGAGCCCUCCAUCUUCCAGGAGCUUCGAAAACGUGGAGAGAACUUGUAUGUUGUGACAGAAGCCGUGAAGACCCAGAAAGAGGCCAUUCUGAAGAGGUCCAGAAAGAAAGAAGGCUUUGGGAAGAUCACCAUUCCUGGGGCCUCGUGUGUCCAGGGUGAGGGUCAAGGGAGCUUGAACACAAUGAAGACAGUGACUGUCCCUGAGGGCAGUAUACUUGCUUUCCAAGUUGCCAAGUUGAUUAUCCAGGAUCAGUGGAAUGUUCUUCUACUUCCAGACAAGAACCAGAAAACCUUCCCACCUAAAGGGAUCAUUUCUGUCUUGUUUUUUCUAGAUUCCUACAGAAUAAUGAUAGUCAACACAGUCUUAGGCUUUGAGAAACUGCAGGCUGAGGUGGAGAAUGAACAACGGCCACUGACCAUGCUGGACACAAAGUUGCAGCACUUUCUUCUUCAGGCUCUCCUGGGGCUCCUCCAGAGUGAGCAGGAUCUGCUGGACUUAGAAGACAUGCUAGAACAGAGUUUGUACACUGGGGUACCCCCACAGAAGGUGGAGGGCAUGACAGGCAACAUCCUAAGUAACCUGCAAGACCAAAAUGGACAACUUGUGGAGCAACUAGCAGGGGCAUUCCUUUAUCUCCUUGGAGCUCUGAAUGAUAAGAGAGAUUCCCUGAGUGACAUCCAACAUCAGCUGCUGAUCCAGUUGCUACAGAAAAAGAAACAGAUCCUGUCCCAGGAGGUAGAACUGGUGAAGGCAAUUCUGAAGGAGAACUUCACUCAGACGGAGGAAAGGCCUUUCUCCCUUCCUUCAGAGCUGCUGUCCUUUGUCCAGGGCCAGGAUGAGAACUUGACCCUCACAUGUGGCCUCUUGGAAGAGUGUGGGCUGUGGCUCUCAGGAGAUGAACCCCAAUUUACCUGGAACCCCAGUGCUCUGCACUCACUUUGUGCGCUGUAUGGGAGUCUGGUGAUGCUGCAGGCUCUCGCUGAGGCCUGAUGACCUAGCCCCUACUCUCCCCACCCUUUUGAUACCUCCUCCCCCUAUGUCAGCCCCAGGCCCAGUACAUUAGGGGACAGCCCUAUUUCAUAACACAGGAUCAUGACAUUUGUUUGUUGGGCCUUCCCCUGCUAUUGCACUAAAAAGAAAUCCCCACUGUGAUGUACUAGACCAGUGGUCAUUCAGCCUCUGUUUGAAGACCUCAUUGCAGGGAAACCCACCACCUCUCAAGGUAACUCAUUCCCCUUUUGGACAUCUUUAAUUAUUAGGAAGUUUUUCCUUACAUUUAGCCUUCACUUGCCUGUUUGCAGCCUCUGUCCACUGCUUCUCAUUCUGCCCUCUCAGGUCAACAGAAUAAGUCCAUUCCCUGCUCUGCAGCCCUUUAAAUACUUGUACACAGCUAGCAGGUCACCCCUGGGUCUUUUCACAUCCACACGUGAUAUGGACUCAAGGCCUUUUACUCAGGUAGUUGCUCUCCCUUCACCGUGUUUAUGUAUAGUGUGUGUAUGUGUAUAUACACAUACAUAUCCAACAGGCCCAUUAGAUGGACAUUGAGCAAGCCCAGAAUUGAAAUGGAGGACAGUAGGUUGUAUGGUCUCUGGGAAAUAAUACACUGUUUUCAAUAAUAUUAAACCAUGCUCUAACACAAAAGCUCAUCUCUUUAACACCAAUAUGUACCUGGGAAAGUUCUUCUGGAGAAUCAAAAUGACAGAUAAGCAAAAGGACAAAGGGGCAGACACACAGUGGACAUAAAUAGGCUUCAGCAAGACCAACAAUGAGGACUUGUGGACAAGAAGUGGUGCAAAAGCUCUCAUCAAGGAUAUGUGUGAUUGGCAAAUGAAGGGAGCCUGCCAUGGAGUGAGAGGAAGGGAUAUGAGGAGGGAGGUCCAAGUGCUGCCGUGUUAGCCACAAAAUGUUAAAAGACUCCCAUCACUAGGCCACUUAGCAAAAAUUUUAUCAUGCCAGGCUGUGCUAAGUUCUUAGGAAUAGGAAAAAAAGAAAAAAAAACAAAGUCCCUGCUCUCAAACAUCUCAGAGGCUAAGUGGGGCAACAGCAAAUAAACAUCUAUAUACAAAUGAUUGCAUGCACAAUAAAUUGGGGGGAGUCUCUUCCUCAUAUUCAUUCUCUAACUUCAUUAGUCCAGUAGUCUACAAUGCACCUACACAAUUUCCUUCUUAUUUAACUCAAGACUUUACUUCUCCCAGGUACUUUUCACCAUAAGUCUGCCUAGUUUAAGGACAGACAACAGGUUUCUAAGAUCUCUCUCAUUUCCCUGUCUCCUGACUCCCUUAACUUAGCAGUAUAAAGCCUAAGGUGUUAACUUAAUGAAGACUGAGAUUCCCCACCCCCACCCCCAUGCUUUUAGUAUCUUCUCUUCCUUCAGAUAAUUUGUAUCAAAUAACAAGCAACCAGAUAACUUGUAUACUCGUCCCUCAAUGCCCACACAAUCAUCUUGCUUCCAGCAUGGAUAUAUUCCAUAAACACUGGGUCCAAUCUGGAUGUCUUGCUAUGUUUACUGCCACUUCUAAUUGUUUUACAAGCAUGUCCUGGACUUAGUGUUAGGGUCAAGAGUGGUGGUUUCCCUGUCCUUGAUGAAGAAAAUAAUUUAUCAAAAUUAUUUUUGCAAGUGGAUAACUUUGAUUACAUUAAAUUGAAAGGUUUUUU